AUGCAUAUCCAUCAAAUGGUGCAAUCUUGUGUUCCGGACGCUGCUGUACUGAAGGAUAUUGUGGAAGCGACCAAGAAAGAUGGAACCCUUCAAGAAGUCCUGCUAUCUUUGGAGAUGAAUACCUGGACAGAAAGUACUAGAGGGUAUAAACAGUUCAAGCCGGAACUACACACGGCAGUAGGAGUUGUCAUGCGUGGAGAUCGCCUGGUGAUUCCAGAGACUCUUCAAGCCCAGGUUAUUGCUUGUGCCCAUGAGGGACACCCAGGGAUGAGCGUAAUGAAGAGACGUCUACGCCAAAAAGUUUGGUGGCCGAAGAUGGACUCUCAAGUCGAGAAUUACGUUAAAAGUUGCAACCUUUGUACCUUGGUUUCGUCUGUAGAACCUCCAGAGCCGAUGCAAAGAACAAGAAUGCCCACCAAAGCUUGGUCAGAGCUAGCAGUAGAUUUUUUGGGACCUCUUCCUAAUGAGCACUACUUGCUAGUUUUAAUCGACUAUUUUAGUCGGUUCGUGGAGGUGGUGAUAAUGAGGCAAACCCUUGCGGAACUUGCAGUACAGGCGUUAUACGAAACAUUUUGUCGGUUCGGUUUCCCUGAUAUUCUUCGAUCGGACCACGGACCACAGUUCAUAAGUGACACAAUGAAGACUUUCUGCAAGGAGUUCGGCAUUGAGCAACAGAAAACUACACCCUAUUGGCCGCAAGCAAAUGGGGAAGUUGAACGCAAGAAUAGAUCCAUUUUGAAGCGUUUGCGUAUAAGCCAGGAAUCUGAGAAUGCAAACUGGAAAUGGGAUUUGCGGAGUUAUCUUCUCAUGUACAACUCCACGCCGCACUCUACGACAGGAGUUGCCCCUUCGCUGUUGAUGUUUGGAAGGAUGCUAAAGGACAAACUGCCGAGCGUUACAGGAGCACCGGAACAAAUUUCGGAAGGUAUAAGGGAUCGAGACUGGAAUCUGAAGCUCAAAGCAGCUGAAUCGUGCAACAAACGGAGACAGGCCAAAGAAAGUACGUUGCAGGAAGGCGAUGUGGUAGUGGUGAAAAGAACAUCGAAGAAUCACAAACUGUGCAGUAACUUUAGUCCAGAACCUUUCGAAAUUAUCAGCCGUUCUGGGUUGGAAGCUGAAAUACGCUCCAAGCAAACGGGGAAAAUAUACUACAGGAACGUUUCUCAUCUUAAGCCGAUAGUGUCUGAUAUACGCGAGGAGGAACUUGUUGAAGAACGCUUAAGUGAGGGUAUUGGGAGUGUGGCAUCUUUGCUGUGA